CUCUCUCUCUCUCUCUCUCCAUUUUUGUCUCUCUCCGUAUUAUAGCCAACUUCUCCGUUUUACUCAAAAAUUCUCUCAUGGGGUUUUUCUUUUUCACUUUCUCCUAAAACCCUUUAAUUUUUUUUUGGAGAAAACUGAAGUUGGGGAUUUUGUGAAGAGAAUUUCAAGAAUUCAACGAAAAUGGUGGAAAAAAGGAAGUUGAACAAAAGGGGUUUUGUUACUGAAGAUGAUAUGUCCACUCUUUUACAAAGGUAUACAGCAUUUACGAUGUUGACACUGUUGCAAGAGGUGGGACAAGUUAAUGGAUCGAAACUUGAUUGGAAUGAUUUGGUGAAGAAGACCGCUACUGGGAUUACGAGUGCAAGAGAGUAUCAGAUGGUGUGGCGCCAUUUGGCUUAUCGUAAAGUGUUGCUUGAUAAAUUUGAUGAUGAUGCUCAACCUAUGGAUGAUGAUAGCGAUCUAGAAUAUGAAUUGGAAUCUUUUCCUCCUGUAAGCAGUGAGGCUUCAACAGAGGCUGCAGCCUGGGGGAAGGUAUUCAUUGCUUCUGGGGCUCUACAUGAUUCAAAUAUGUCAAAUGGAAGUACAGUUGAGGCUUCAUUGACUAUACAAAUACCCAAUGGCCAAACAUCUGGAACUGUUGCAGCAAAUUCACUCCAGGGUAUUUCAGCUUAUGGGACAAAACUUAUGGUCCCAGUUACAGUGCAAACGCAGCCAAUGCCUUCUGUCUCGGCUGCUGAGGGUGUGGACACCAGUGAACCAGCUAGUGCUAACCUUCCUCGGCGACGACGAAAAGCUUGGACUGGAGCAGAGGAUAUGGAACUCAUUACAGCAGUACAAAAGUGUGGUGAAAGAAACUGGGCAAAUAUAUUGAAAACAGAUUUUAAGGGAGACAGAACAGAAAAACAACUCUCUCAGAGGUGGAAAACUAUUAAAAAGCAACAUGUGAUGAUGGUCGGGAAUGGCUCACAUCUGUCGGAGGCUCAGCUUGCUACUCGUCAUGCAGUAUCCAUGGCUUUCGGGGAUAAUGCAAGAGCAGCUUGCCCAGUCAGCCCUAAUGGUUGUGGUAUUGUUUCAGCUGGGCCAAAUUCAGGCAGUGGACCUAGUAACUCUUCACAUUUUGCUACUGCUGCUAAUGUUGCAUCAGCUGGUCCACAAUCCAAGCAUCAGCAAGAUUUAGUACCUUCAAAACCUAUAAUCCCAAAAAUUCCACUACCAAAGCCUGCUAUUAACCCAGAUCCAAUGGUCAAAGCUGCUGCUAUGGCUGCAAGUUCCCGCGUUGCUACCCAUUCAGGUGCUGCUGCCUCGCUGCAAAGGGCUGCACAGUCUAAAAAAGGCGUCCAUAUCAUGCCUGGAGGAACUCCUGCAGUCAAAUCAUCUGUGCCAGGUAGCUUUAAUGGUUUGCCCAGUAAUGUGCAUUUCAUUCGAACUGGCCUGGUGUCCCGUCCCGCAGACCCCUCAAAUGCCUCACAGUCUGGAACUCAGCAAUUGCAGGCUCCAAGAUCUGUAUCACCUGCAGUUCAACCUAAACCAACGACUGUGCCAUCCAGAACAAAUGCUUCAUCUGGGGUUCGAAGUGCCCCUUCAUCUUAUCCAACGACCGUGCUCGAAGUAAAAUCUAAAGCAGCCGUUAGCCAAGAAAAUCAAAUUGCUGUUCUGUCUAAUACAAGGAGUGAGAAAACACAAGUUAUUCAAGCUGCUUCGUUGGCGAAUACACCACAGCAGGUCCCAAAAGAUCAAACUUUUGGUAACCUGUUGUCAGGGAAAGUUGAAGGUCAAACUUCAGUUUUAGGUGACACAGUGAAAAAACUUGGAGGAGAGAGUAAAGCUUCAAGAAUUUGGGUUCAAGAAAAACUAAUCCCAAGUCAAGAGACUACCAGCAACAAGAAAUAGAACACAAAUAGAAAUGGCAGUUGAAAAUGCUGGUGUUCAUGGUCCUGCACCUGUGACAUGUUAGAAGAUGUUCAAAAGAAGUUGAGGAAGGGGAUUUAGGUGAGACACAUUUGGGAACUGAGGAUGGGGGAGAGUAAAAUAAAUUCACUGGCUGGACCUGCUUUGUAUGUAAUUUCUAAUUUGUGCCGGCUAUUUUAUGCUGACUUUUAUCCUCAACUUUGUAAAUGUAUUCUCCUAAAACUCUUGUCUAUGCUUAGGUGACAAUUCAAAAUUCUUUCAUGUGUUCCCUUGUUGAAGGUUGAAUAUCUUCAGGUGUUGUUAUUAGUAAGUGGUUUUGUAC